CGCCCCGUGCGAUCGCGGAACACCAUAAUACCGGUACGCGCAUGCUGUACUGUAUACCAUACACUCGCUACAAGCUACCACAGUCGAAUCUUAGCACUGUGCCGGUGGUGAUCCUGGCCCACUGCACAAGCUGAUCGGUUGGGGCUGCGCUGUGCUGUACGGCACUUGUCGGUAUUAGGGCGCUCCGCAAAUGUAUAACAGGGCAUCCUUUUAAAUAGCUAGGCUGCCCCCCCCCGGGCCCUUAUGAUAUGUCGGUGGGCAAUUUGAAAGCAAUGUAUACUCUCAAAGAUGUGGCUGUUCAUGAGAAUCCCGGGGAUUGCUGGAUACUGAUCAAAGGCAGGGUUUACGAUGUAACCGAAUUCUUACCACAGCACCCUGGUGGGGCAGAAAUAAUUCUUUCCUAUGCUGGAGCCGAUGCUACGGGUGCUUAUGAAAGUGUUCACACGUCCUCCCUCCUCGAGACCCCGCCACCAGGGUUCAGGCUCCUCGGUCCCCUAUCCCCCUCGGAAUUACCACCAGUCUCGCGGAAUCCCGGAUUGGAUGUCGAACUGCACGCGAAGCCCCCUCUCGAUACAAUCAUCAAUACUUUUGAUUUUGAGGCUGUAGCAGAGCGUACGGUCACCCCUAAAACAUGGGCUUUUUACUCCUCCGCUGCUACGGAUCUACUUUCAAUGAAACUGAACAGGAGGGCUUUUGAUCGGGUUUUGUUCAGGCCGAGGCUUAUGCGCAACGUCAAGUCCGUAGAUACUAGGACGAAAAUUCUAGGUUUCAGCACUGGCGUCCCAUUCUUUAUAGCGCCGACGGCGAUGCAGGGAAUGAUUAACCCGGAUGGAGAAAAGGCUGUAGCGAUGGGGGCGGGGGAGGAAAAGGUCAUACAUAUAAUAUCAACCAACUCCUCACAUCCAAUUUCGGACAUUGUUUCUUCUGGAAAGGGUCCCGAGCAACAAACCCACUUUCUACAGCUAUACGUCAACACCGAUCGUCAGAAAACUGCUCAGCUCCUUGCUAACGCAAAAUCCUGCGGUCUCAAAGCUGUCUUUGUAACUGUUGAUGCCCACAUUUCCGGGAAGCGCGAGGCAGAUGAGCGUCUGAAGGUCGACGUCCCAGUAAGGUCCGCUGUCAGCGGUGCUAUAUCGCAUAAUGACAAGAAAGGGGGAGGUAUGGGGCGUUUGAUGGGGUUAUAUAUUGACCGGACCCUUAAUUGGGAGGAUAUCCCUUGGAUAAAAAGCGUAGCCGGGGGUCUUCCCAUCGUUUUGAAGGGUAUUCAGACAGCUGCGGAUGCAAGACUAGCCGCUGAAUAUGGGGUCCAGGGAAUCGUCUUGUCAAAUCACGGUGGGAGGAACUUGGACACAUCACCACCCGCCCUGUAUACGCUUCUCGAGAUCCACAAGGUUUGUCCAGAAAUCUUCAAUUCUCUGGAGGUAUACAUAGACGGGGGAAUUCGAAGGGGGACGGACAUAUUUAAGGCACUAUGUCUUGGUGCUACGGCGGUAGGGGUCGGCAGACCCUACUUGUAUGCUCUCAAUUACGGGGCAGAAGGCGUCGCACAUCUAACCCAGAUCCUCAAAGACGAACUCGAAACAACAAUGAGGAUGUGUGGCGUUACGGACCUAUCAGGAGUCCAUCCAGGACUGGUAAACACAAGGGAAAUUGACGCAUUGGUUGAGGAUGGGAUCGAGCAUUCAUAUGUGAAGUGGAGGCCAAAGAGUAAAAUAUAAGUUACGGUGGGACAAUUUUAUAUAGAAUAGCUAGGCGCUCAUGUCAUUGGAAUAUUUGCUCGGUGUACUGGUACUAAGGAACCAUAUCCAUCAAACCCCGUGGUGGGAAAGCCCUA